AUGGCGAACCGACCCAAUCCCUUCCACGACAUAGAGCAGCAGGAAGUCCAGAAAAGAAUCCUUAGCUACCAACAACACGUGGGCUACAACUGCGUGCUCUACCGCGAAGGACUACAGCACCUAAAAGACCAUCCAGAGCAACAAAAGAAGCGGCGGGAAUGGAUACCGCCCAUCCCGGGACCCAGGUGGAAAACCCACUUCAAAAACCCCUUGUUCGGCCGCAACCAGAUGUACGACAUGACUCCCUUUUCGCGCGUGGCGCCACAGGGACAGCCAGAAAAGGUCGGUGACAAGUUCCUUGGAUAUAAGAAGUCUCCAGAAGUGCAGAACGCAAUUGCGCGGGCGAACGAUCUUGUGGGGGCCAUGUCAGACUUCCGCAUUACCAAGGUGAUGGGCUGGGGAGGCAUGGGUGCCGUGCUGCUUGCUGAGCUGAGUGAAGCGAAGAAAGGACAGUUGCAGAAAGUCGUGAUCAAGAUGAAUUUGUCGAAGAAGAGCGAAGGGAAUUUUGUGAAGGAGAGGCAGAACCACAUCCGGGUGGCCAGAGCCGCGCACAUAAUACAGUGUCUCGUGGUGGAGGAUGGUCAGCAGCAGCAGCAGCAGGACAAGAACAACAUCGCGCCGCCACAACCAGCGGCAUCAGGAAUGAAAAGGAAGUACGUUGCCGAUGCGGCGGAUGAGGCUUACCAUGCUUCCAAGAAGAAGCGUGUGACAGAUGAGCAAGCGCCAGGCGGUGGAAGGCCGAUAGUGGCGGCGCCAUUUCAGGCGGUGAAACCUCGCGGACCGAUGAACAGGCAUAUCUUCGCGCGAGCAAAAGAUUUCCUGGCUCCCAAAGAAGAAACCAAACGGCGCAGCGACGCAAAAUACGACCUUAACACGCAUCCAGACAUGAUUGUUAUUGAGCCGAUGAUGCGUGGUGAAUUUGAUAUGUGGGUAAGAAAGAUGGCCCACUCGGGAGAUAGAUUUCAUAACAAAGUGCUUUGGUUGAUCUUUGAGUGCUUGUUCAAGGCCGUUCUCGGUUUCGCCCACCCCCCUCGACACUAUCAUGAGUAUAGGGAAACUGGAGGAAGGACGGGCCCCUUUAUGGAAGAGCGACUGCCAGAUAGACGUGAUGUGGUCAAAUUUGAUAAGGACGAGUUCCUACACUUUGACUUAGAUCUAGUGAAUACCAGCUUCACUCCCGAGAUUGCCGGCCAGUACUCCUGGAAAACGAAUCUAUACUGGAUUGGUCAAGUGAUGUGGUGUCUCGUAACGCUCCACAAGCCUUCCCGAAUGCCGUUCCCGUACUGGAUCAGAGACGUCCGACCUCCUGAGGACCGUCGGGGUCGAGCUCAAGCGACAGAAAAAGGUCUUUAUGGCGAACUUGGCUUCUGGUCCUGGGGCGGCCUUGUCAAUCAUUCUCGGUACAGUCAAAUCGACGAGGACCUUCGUUCCGCCAUUGUCCUGUGCAUGGCCGACAAGCCAGCCCAUCGGCCUGAAGCGAAACAGUUAUGGGAUUGGAUCGAGAAGAAGACGACACAAGAAUGGGAUGGUUUGUCGAAAGAAGAGGCCCAUCACUGGGCUACAAAAUUCUGGGAACAACCAGACGUCCCAGGGCCAGCAAAGCCGACGCCCAUCUUUGAAGUGCCAGGAGAAGAACCUGAUAAGGAGGAGAGGGCUCCUAGAAAGAAUUCCGCAAGACUUCCUUGGGAAGCCGGCAAGAUACCCGAGUUGGCCGGUGUGUCGCCCCUAAAACAGCAUCAGCUUGGAGGUGUCGGCUCUUACGACUUCGCAUUCCGAAUUCCCGGACAGUGGCCUAAGCUCAGUAAGAUGCUAUCCGCCCAGCAAGCCCAGGAACAGCUGAAACCGGCUUUUAAGGAUAGAGUUCCGAAGGCUCUCAACCUUCAACCACCCACACCAAAGCCCCAGAAUCCUGCUGCUCCUCAACAGGCCGUGGAUACCCCAGGAGAGGGUCCUUUCGGGCGUCCACGCAGGAGGUCCAGUGGUGUUAGAAAGGAAGAUAUACCCAAGAAACCCGCGGGACCCCCGUCGGGACAGGCAAGGAGGCUCUUGGACGCCAUCAAAGCCAACUUGAAGCUACCUCCACAACAGAAGAUUGUUCCCGAUCCCCAGAAAAAUCCCGCCCAAGAACCAACGGCACAACCAGCAGCUCCAGUGGCUCCAGCGGUCGCAAUCCCGGCAGCGGCAGCGGGAGCACAACCGAGGAAACCAAGUCCAAAGGAACGCAUCCAAGCAGCAUUGGAGGCAACAGCAGGAGAACCUUCACCGGCGCUCAUAAUCCCGCGUCUACCACCGCCCAAGGCCGGUCCAACCAACGCGGUAGCCGGAAAAGUGCGCGCCUUCGUCGUGCCCCCCGACUCCACGGCAGCAAGCAGCUCAACCGCAGCCGCAUCUCCAGCCGCAGCAGCAGCAGCAGUGGCAGGCUCAACGGCACGAGUAUCAUCCAGCCCACGAGCAGGACGAUCAGGACCGGGAUCUAUACCUCCCGACAACAAACGGCUCGUAACACUUGGGGGCGCCGGCACCCGUCUCCUUACCGGGCCGCGUACAAAAUCCGGUGCAAUCAAGGGCACGCCACUACAGCCGAUUCCUCUUCAGAAGCAAGUGAAGUUCAAGAGUCCUGCUCGAUUGCCUGCAAGCUCCGUGGUGCCCUUUUUGGGUCCUCGGGACUUGGCUAGGUACCAAGGAAACAAACAGCAGCUAAUCGCCAACUUGCUUAAUCGCCCAGGGGUAGCCCAGGGGCAGAGAAGAGUCGGCGGGAUGUAUCGACCUCCCCAGCAGGCCCAGCAGAACCAGCCGCUACAAGAGAAUCGGCCCCCUCAACAGAAUUGGUCGCAGCAGCGGCAGCAGCAACAACAACAGGCACAACAGGCGCAACAACCCCAGCUCCAACUCCCCAAAGCAUUCAUGUUUGCCAACAGCCUGCGAGGCGGAUCGGCACUCACACCCGCAAAACCACCAGGACCGCCAACACCACUCGUCCGUCGCAUAAACCCCGCCAACCGCAAAGUCGGCGGUCAGUACGCCAUUGGGGCGCGGCGCCAGCACAAUAUCCUGAGAGGCCCAGGCCCAAGCCGCCUACAACAUGCCUGGACGCCGGCGGACGUAGCCGAAGGGGGCAAAGCUGGAAGGGCAAAAAGCGGAUUGUUUGCUGGUUUGAAGGUGCGGCGAGGUACGGCGGUAGCGGGACAGACUAGUUCAUCGGAGACUCCAGGUGCUCCAGAGGCCAUACAGGAGGGAGCUGGUGGGUCAGGACAGCCAACUGAACAACAAGAGCCUGUGUCGUCGAUUGGACAAGGUAUUGCUCGGAAUGGAAGACUCUUGGUUGCCUAUGAACCACGAGAGCCAUCACCUCCGCCGUCUCCUCGUGAGAUAGAGAGACGCCGGCUCGAGCUUGAACGGUUCCACGCAAGGAACUUGUUGCACGGCGGCAGCCUACUCGGCAUAGAUCCGGUUGGCAAGGAAUCGACUGAUGAUGACGAAGAGGGACAUGCGGAUGAGGUAAGAGAGGAGGGCGACAGUCAAGACCCAAUGGUGAUGUCCGAUCAACCCAGUGCUAGCACUAUCAGCAGGUUUGGAAAUUUCUUUAAAUCGUUUGGCGGCUUUGGAUCGUGA